AUGCCUUCGGCCUCAAAGAGUCCUUGCUACGCCGCUCUUUGCCUCAUAUGCCGUACUACAUGCAAUACUACCACUGGCGAGCAGGUCGGACAUAUUGAAGAGUCCUCGCAGCCGCGCACACGGCUGAUCCACCGCGCUCAUCUCCAGCAUUCAAUCCAAGAACCCGUCGCGAAGAAAUACCUGCAUUUACAAAAGCAUCUUGCUCUCAUCUACCGCAACGCAACACUAGCCCAGACGUCACGCCAUACACUCUGCAUUUUGAGGACGGCGCUACAUAGCGCUGAUAUCAUUAUUGGAUGCGAUGGUAUCAAGUCCGGGUCCGGUCGGGUCGUCUACCGGGGCUUCGUCGAGUACACGGAUUUGCCUGAGGAUACUGUGAAUCUGUUUUGCAACCUGAUGAAGUUCCGCGGCCCGAAGCGUCACCUUCUGUGUCUGCCUAUCGGCAACCCGGCUACUCAGACUGACCUGGUUUGGUUUAUGUCUGAGUCGCUGGAUUCCUGGGAUUCUGAAAACUGGAUGUCCAGGUCGGAAAUUGGGAGUCUAUAUGAACAUGUUCUGGACCGGUGCCCACAGGUGCAGGAUAUCAUUAAGGGCCUCUAUAAGGGCUCUCUUGAUGGCCGUUUGAUGAAACAGGCCCUGUACGUUUGGGACCCAGUCGAAAAGUGGUUUGAGAUGCGAGGCCAGGACAUUUACACUACCUUACGGUGUCCGUUCUUGGCACUGUUCUGUCGGGGCCCGCGGACUCCAUGGGAUGACCAACCAUUCCCCGCUUUCUAG